AUGCAUGUCAGGUAUAAAAGUUCACUGUACAACAUAAAAAUUUGUGUUUACAACGACGUUACAAGUGUGAUUUUUAUAUGGUUGGUCGGUGGGUCUCCUGAAGGCUGGUUAGAAAUGUUAACUAUUAAAGCGUUAAUAUUGACUGCGUAUGUAUACUAUUGUGAAGGAACAUCGAGAGCGGUACUGAACGAUCGACCUAUUAUCGGCGUGUUAUCACAAGAACAAUCUAAACAUCUUCAUUCGAAGUUUCCUGACGAAAACUAUACGAGUUACAUCGCUGCGUCAUACGUGAAGCAUGUUGAAGCCGCGGGAGCACGAGUUGUGCCAAUUCUGAUUGGAAAGAACCGCAAAUAUUAUGAGGAUCUUAUGAAAAAAAUCAAUGGGGUAUUUCUUCCAGGAGGCGCCACAUUCUUCAAUCAGUCGAAUGGAUUUGCCGAUGCUGGACAGCAUAUUUACGAGAUAGCUCAAGGAAUGAAUAGAUCGGGAGACUAUUUCCCAAUUUUUGGCACUUGUUUGGGAUUUGAAUUACUAAUAAUACUCGCAUCUGGAAGAGGGGAGAAGGAAAAUAGAGUCAAAUGCUAUUCGUUUCGGAAUUUAUCGCUCAACUUUACAAAUGAUUUUCGUAGCAGUAAAAUGUUCAAAGAUGCCACUGAAGACAUCAUCAGAAUUCUUGAAACUGAAGAUAUCACUGUCAACGCACACCAAUUUUGUAUACUCGACCAAAAUCUGAAAUCUCAUAACUUGACUAAAGACUGGCGAGUUACGUCACACAGUAAAGACGACAACGGGACAUCGUUUAUAGCAACUAUUGAACACACAAGGUAUCCCUUCUAUGGAGUUCAAUUUCACCCCGAAAAGAUCGCCUACGAAUGGAAGGCAUCUAAAAAUUACCCGCACACAAUGAACGCGUUACACACAAAUCGAUAUUUCAUGGACUUUUUCGUAAGUGAAUGUAGGAAAAAUUACCACCGAUUCCCCAGUACGAAGGAGGAAAAUGAUUACUUAAUAUAUAAGUAUGUACCAGUUUUUACAGGUGAACUUGGGAGUUCGUACCAACAGUGUUAUUUCUUUGAACCUAGAGGUGUUGAUACUAAAUAUAACUUGGAUCUUUUAAAGGAUAAACAUGAUUCGUAUUAUAGAACAGAUUUGUAUUAA